AUGACCCAGGACAGGUGCCGUCAGACGGCCAUAUUGAGCCCCACACCCCCGGCACAGUCCAGACAGCCUCAUAGCGCAGUCUCCUCCAGCAGAAAAGCUCACAGACCUCGCCUCCGCAGGUCCAACAGCGACCCUGUCCUGCUAGACCUGACCGCCAAAGUAAUGAGUUGUGAAGCAGCUACACAGACAGAAUUAGGUCCUGGUUCGGCUCUUGCUCCAGGCUCAGUGACUGUAACGGAGCAUGGAACGGUUACGCUACGACAGGGCCGUGGCAAACGCAAGCCUCGUCCCAACUCUAUGGUGGACUACCAGAGCUAUAGAGACACAAAACUGCUGGUGGCCCGUUUUCUGGAGCAGUCCUCCUGCAGCUUGACCCCUGAGGUACAGGAGCUGGUCAACAGCAUCAAAACCGUGCUGCGCUCUGAUGAGGAGCACAUGGAGGAGGCCGUUCGCUGCGCCAGCUUCAUUGACCAGGCCAUUACAGUUUCAGAGGUUGCACCAGCGCAGUCCACCCUCCGCAGGCAGACGCAGAUGGAGCUGCCGCUGCGCAAGCGUCCGGGCAUCCUUCACCUGCGCAGCUGUGGCGACCUCAGCUCCUUCACAUGGGCACAGCUGCAGGCCGGGCCGGAGCGCAGGACAGGUUCCCAUUCGGGAACUAACUCCAGGAUGGGCUCUCGGGCUGGAUCCCGUCGCAUGGCACAGGAGCGUCCACACAGCCUUAUAGGAGUCUUCCGAGAAACUGUCAUCUGAGUGACGUCUCAAACUGACUGUUAACCGAGGAUAUAGACUGUUUCAGCUGAAGGUUAUAGUGAACAUCACAACAUGAAGGAAGCUAAGCUUUGUAUAAAGUGCAGAUGAGUACAGAUCACUUCGUUUUUAAAGCAUCUGUUUUUGUUGUCAGUGUGUGUACUGAAUAUUAUUCAUUUUUAACUUUUUCAGUUGGAGCUGUUGGGAUUUACUGAUGUUUCUUUUUAUUUUUUCACAUUAUGCAUUAUGAUAAA